AUGAAUUCGAAAAAACACCUAAAAGAAAAGAAACAUCAAUCCAAAAAACAAGAUAAGUUAAAACAGCUAAUAAAACAAUCUUCCGAAUCGGAGGAUGAAGAUGAGCACGAAUUGUCCUAUUAUUUAAACGAUAAAGUAAAAUUGAUGAAGGAAGUAUUGAAAAUUAUUAAACCUAAAAAAAUUAAAUCUAUGGCUCCCGACUGUAUGAAGAAUAUGGAUAUUGAAGAAAUUAACUCAAUGUUGCUGGAAGAAUUAUUGGGAAUAUCAAACAAGAGACUUCGAUAUAUAUUCAAUGGGCAAACUUUGAACGAAGAGAGUAGUUCAACCGAUCCCGAUCAGCCAGAUAUAAUUUCUUUAGAUGACAUCAGUGAUGAUGAUUUGAUAAUAGAUUUAGAUUCUGACGAUGGUAAGAAAAAGAAGGUGAAAAAGCACCAUAAGGUAAAAACGACAGAAGAACAACCAAAAAGGAAGAAAUUUAAAAAAGAGAAAAAUGAUAAAGAUUUCGAUAAAAAUAAGAAAUUGGGCGAAGAAAAUCCGAUUGGUGAAAAAAACUUAAUGAAUGUGUUAGAAUUAUUAGAACUACAAGCAAGAGCUAGGGCAAUAAAGUCCCAACUAGCUCUAGAACAUAAAAAUAAUACGGAGACUAUUGAAGAAACAGUUAAAGAAGAAUUAAAAGUUGAUGAAGAUGAUGAUGAUGAUUCGAUAAUAGUUGAGAGUCCUAAAAAUAUUGAAAUUUUAAUUACAUCUAGUGAAUCUGAAGACGAGAAUAAUACAAGUCAAAAUAAUACUGGUGAAUUGAAUGAAUCGUCCAAGGCUCCUGAAGAAAAUGGUACCAAUAACAGUAUAAACAUAAUCAAUCAAGUUACAAUUAAAGAAGCUAAUAAUUCACAAACUCAUACGCAAAAUAACUCGGAGGAUAAGAAUGUUACAGAAUGUGAGGAAUCUGAUGAAUUAGGAAAUACAGAAAAUAAUAGGCAGGAUCUUGAAAGGAAUGAAGAUGUUGAAAAUCAAGAAGGCCACACAAUUGAUCAGGUAGAACAAAAUAAUCAACAGAGCUCUGAGAUAGAAAAAGUUGCAGAAAAUGAUUCACUAACAUCAGAAGUAGAUGAAAAUGUAAAUCUACAAAACCCUGUAGAGGACAAAAAUGCAGAUAAUGAACAAAACCUUGAGGUCGAUGAAAAUAAAGGUAGUAAAAGUGAAGAAGCGAAUGAUGUGAUGAGCAAAAGUAUGAAAAAGAUGAAGAGGAUAAUUAAAAGUGCAAAAAUCUAUGAAGAUCAAUUAUCAGAUUGCGCAGAAAAGAAGAUUGAAGGGAAGGAAAAAUCUGAAAGUCACAGCUCUGACGAAAAUGAAGUGAUAAUAUUGAAUCUUGAAGAGAAUGAAAUGGACUGUAUUAACUUAGAUUAA